AUGGACCUGCCGCUGCCUGGCCCAAUGCAGGGGGUCUUUGACGUGCCACCGAUGCCGAUGCCCCAUUCGAUACAGCCGUCCCCGGUGUCCCGACACCGACAGGUCAGCUCUGCACCACAGACAGCGACCCUGACUCCCUCUGCGCCAUGCAUGUCGACUUCCCAGUUGCUGGACCCUGCGGCGUUAACCGGUGCUCUGAACGACGAGAGCUGGGCGAGGAUGCAUCGACCCCAGCAGAAGCAGCUCCAUACGCUUGGCAGAAGCGAGGACACACUGCAGCGCGUGGACACCAUCCCCAACGAAGUGGGGCAGUUUGACUUCGCCGGGGUGGGUGACUCGAAGUCGAUGUGGACUACUUCGCUGUCUCAGAACGUCCCUGCUCCUAGCUGGCUGCAAAGCUCUCAGCCCUGCUCCGUGGUCGUCCCUGCCUACUCGAGCAAGCUGCCGCCUCAGAGAGGGGGGAAGGGGAAGGGGGAAGUCUUGUCCUCCUUGGGCUGCUCCAUGCCUUCUACAUGCUACAUGCGCCCAGGCAACGCUUACGUGACUUUUCCUAUGAGGUCGGACACGGGUUCAGUUGCAAAGAGAGCCGAGAAACUCUGGCUGCGAAGAGAUUCAACAAACUCUCUCCUGCCUUCUGCCCUGCCAGCCUCCGCGCAGCCGUGCCCCUCUAAGGCCGGCUGA